AUGGGAUCAGACUUACCAAGCGAUAUUCAACAAGAUAUUAAUAAUUUUGAAAAUGUUUUAGAUAAAUUAGAAUCACAAUUAGAAUCAUUUUUUAAAGUGCCACUUAAAGAACAUCAACAAUCAUUAUCACCAAUCGAAUCUGCCAAAUUAAAUAUUACCAUUGCAUAUGCUUUAAAUUCUUUAUUUUUUAUGUAUUUACAAACCCAAGGUGUUUCACCACAUGAUCAUCAAGUUAAAACAGAAUUAGAUAGAAUCAAACCAUAUGUUCAAAAACUUAAAACCCUUUCAAAUAAUAAUAACAAUAAUAAUACAAAUGAUGAAACAGUAAUAGAUAACCAAUCAACUAAAAAGAGAAAGAAGUAA